AUGCACUACUGGUUCGGCAUCACGAUCAUGCAAACGGCCAACGUCUUCAUCCCGUUCCUGAGCCAACUGCCCCAGGACUUUGUUGUGAACCUCCUCUCGCUGCGCUUUCUCAACAAGAUCAUCCCGACACCGGUCUACCAAAAGCUUCUCGACAAGGUCGAGGCGCUCAAAAAAACAAAGUCCAACAUCGUAGUGACGGGCCACUCGCUCGGUGGCGCCAUGGCCGCCGUCGUGGGCGCCAAAAUGCACUUGCCUGCGGUCUCGUUUUCGGGCCCGGGUCUCUUGUACUCGCGCGGUCGGUUUGACAUUGACGACGAGCGCUCGAUUCGCGACUACGUGCUCACGGUCAAGCCCCGGGGCGACUUUGUGCCGCGCGUGGACCGUCUCGGCGGCCUCGUCCAAGACAUCGACUGCCGCCGCAACAACCCGAAAGCCUGCCACGGCACCGACACGCACGCGUGCGAGUUUUACCUCACGUGCGGCGACAAGCGCGGCCGCGACUGGUCCCGUGUCUGCGAAGAGUACCGGAACCUCGCCAAGAAGAUUGACUCGAUCACAACGCAGAGCAACAACUAG